ACAUACUCUCUUAUACUCCCUUCACCGUUUUUCCUCUAUCUCAACCUUUCCCUCUCUUCGCUACUUCCACUUGUACUCACGUCUAUUCGUCCGCCAACCCAUUCAUUUCUUCAUUAAUCUUUCUUUCAUUCUCCAUCUUACAACAACAUUUCAUCACUCCUUUAUUCCCCCUUACCUUACAGGCCACUAACGCUGCUUCUUUCAUCGACACUACCUCGUUUAUUAUCACCACCACUGUUGCUCUCUUGCUUAUAAUAACGACCCCCUCCUCCAUCCUCCUGCACCUAACUUUAUGGCAGAAGCGUCCACAGCUACCAUCGCAACACCGUUGUCCCGAAGAUUAGUCUAAAGGAAUGGAAUAUUAAUUAAACAGCAACCUGCAGCUCUAUAUACUUCUAGGACCUUUUAUUUAAAUUUUUAAUUUGUUCGAUUUUAACAGCAUGUAAACAAACGUGCAUAUGUGAACUGGUACGCGUUUGCGCAUCCGCACAAAUACUCAUGUAAUAAUAGACAAAUUGAUGGAGAGAUAGACGGAUGGACAACAACAAUAUAGGUGAAGAUGCUUAAAGAUCGCAUAUGAAUAACGUCUCACUUUAUAUAGUCUAAGUAAAAUUUAUUCUCUCGUGCAUAUGAAGCUGUGGAGAACGCGAGGGCAAAAUGUAAGGAGAUAGAAUACGCCAGAUUUAUUUAUAUUUAUAAACAGUCGUGCACUGCUUAAAAAUCAGCAACACAUCUGUCACAAGAAUGGAUCCUUCCUGCCAUCUGUCGCAAACUCAGUACUGUGGUUUCUAUCCUAUUAACUCUUAUUCAAUCAUCAAAACGUCCUCUUUUAGCUCACCUAAGGAUAAUGUGCACCAAAUAAAGGUGUGUUGCUGUGGCCAGAAUGUCAAAAGAAGUCCUCUGGAAUAUAUCAACAGUCUUUGCCAGCAGCUGCCAUUUUUGUUGAAUACCUCUUAACAUCUUUGUAAUGUGCUCUGCUCAAUAUGAGUGACAACUAUGAUUGCAUGGAAGUAUCCAUGUCUGCAUCAUCUAAUACCACUUUGGAGUACUGUGAUGAUCCUUAUGAUGAGUCCGGGACCAACUCAGCUGUACUGUAUGCCAUGUCGGCUGCCGACAGCACAGCACAGAAUCAGGAGACUUGCAAAAAGAAGAAUUCUCAGAAAAGAUCCUUGUCAAAAGGAAUGAAACUGUUAUCUCCCUCUAGCCUUGAUACCUCAACCAGUGGAUACUCCAUUAGUAGCAAUGUGCCAUUUCUUAAAGGUCGGACUGAGAAAGAUGAAUAUGUACGUUGUGCUGUGAAUGCAGCCAGUAUUGGUGACGAUGAUGAGAGAGAAUGUGGUUUGGGAGGAUUUCGGCCCGAAUGCCUCAAUGUUUGUGCAAAUAUUAGAUCUUUUGUCUUCUUUAUGUGCCUAUUGUUAGUUGUAACUGGCUCUUUAUCGACAGGUUAUUUGAACAGUGUUAUAACAACUAUUGAGAAACGAUUUGAAAUUGGAAGUUCAAUUUCAGGACUAAUUGCUGCUUCUUAUGAAUUCGGGUCUCUUGUGGCAGUGAUUUUUGUCAGCUACCUUGGCAGUCGAAGGCACAUUCCAAAAUGGAUUGGUGUUGGAGUUGUGUUCAUGGGAUUUGGAGCUAUUUUUUUCUCAAUGCCUCAUAUCAUAGCUGAAAAAUACACUUUAAAAGACAAGAUCAUUAACAGUACCAAAGAAAACAUCUGCCGAUCAGUUGCAGGUGGAGCUGGUAACCGCUGUAUUGAUAAAAACUCUGGGAACUGGAAAUAUGUCUUAAUAUUAAUAAUAUCGCAAGUGCUCAUUGGUACUGGAGGAACACCAAUACUUACUCUUGGAACUACAUAUGUUGAUGAUCACGUGACCAAAGAAAAAGCUCCAUUAUAUCUUGCAUUCAUCUAUGCGACCGCUGCAUUGGGUCCAGUUGUUGGUUAUGCCCUUGGAGCUCUACUCUUGCAGUUUUAUGUUGAUUUGUUUUCCUACAAUGUUUCUCUGACCCCUUCAGAUCCUCGUUGGAUUGGGGCCUGGUGGGGUGGCUUCAUCAUCUGUGGAGUAGUUCUAAUCCUGAUGUCCCUUCCAUUUUUUGCAUUCCCAAAAGUCCUCAGUAGAGAAAAGCGCAAAAUUUUGGAAAACAAAAGCAAAGAGCUUCUUCUUAAUGAGGAAGAUCAGGAAGCCAAUAAAGAAUAUGGCCGAACCAUAAAAGAUAUACCAAAAUCUAUUUGGCUCCUUCUAAAGAAUUCCAUUUACCUCAUCACUUGCCUUGGUAUAUGUUGUGAGUUCUCAAUUGUCAGUGGAUUUGUUACUUUCCUGCCAAAAUAUUUUGAAACCCAGUUUGGAAGCUCUACCUCAGUCGCUAAUCUAUUUACAGGUGGAAUUGGUAUUCCUGGUGCUGUUGUUGGAAUCCUUAUUGGAGGCUGUGUACUUCGUCGUUUUCAACUCUGUCCAAAAGGGGCCAUACAGAUGACUCUAAUUCUUGAUAUCCUUGCGCUGAGUGGAUAUAUCCUUUUCUUCUUCCUUGGAUGUGAUAACUUAAAAAUAGCUGGUGCAACAUUUCCAUAUUUCAAUAGCACUGGUCACAAGAUAAUGGAGGCAAACUUGACAUCAGCUUGUAACUCUAACUGUGACUGUUCUCCAAAUCACCUCGAACCAAUCUGUGGAAUAAACGGUAUCACUUAUUUCUCACCCUGUCACGCUGGCUGUACCAAUUAUUACGUCAAUCAUAACAAUGCAUAUCAUUCCACAAACUACAGUGGCUGUUCCUGCAUACUGGACAACCACCUUGCCAGUUCUGAAGUUGUUGUGCUGCCUCUAGCCACAAGUGGUCCAUGUAAGACUACCUGCAAAAAUUUGCUACCAUUUCUAAUCUUGUUGGUUGUGAUGACAUUUUGUGUUGCUGGGACACAGAUGCCACUAUUGAUGGUUACUCUCAGGUCAGUUGCUGAAGAAGAAAGAGCUUUUGCUCUCGGAAUGCAGUUUGUUUUAUUCCGGCUCUUUGCCUAUAUUCCUGCCCCAAUACUUUUUGGUAACAUCAUAGACACAGCUUGUCUCUUGUGGAGAAACAAAUGUGGAAACAAUGGCUCUUGUCUUGUUUAUGACAUUGUACAGUUCCGAAACAAAUAUGUUGGUAUCUCUGCUGGACUGAAGGUUCUUGGAACUUUGCUGUUUUUUAUUGUCUGGUUAUUAAUACGCAAGAAGAUAGGUGAUGAUUCUAAGUUUACUCUGGCAGUUACUCAGUAUGUGGACCCAGUAUAUUCCAUCAACAAAUUAGCCAAACUGCCUGAAAUUCCAGCCACGCAAACAAACCCUGAUUCCACAAACAAACCAAUGCUGACGGGGCCAACAUCGGUAAUGGAUCCUGAUGAGGGACAGAAUUUCUCUUCACAGACAUAUGAAUCUCACGUAUGACGCUUUGCAAAUCAGUCAGUCGAAAUGUUAUUGAUGACAUUAAGUUUUUCAAAAGUAUUUUCAUUUGUUAUAAAGUCAUAACUGAUCAAAAUACAUUCAUUUCCACCUAUCUAAAUAACAUAUCUCUAUACAUUAAAAAAAAAAAAAAUGUUUGUCCAUUCAAUGUUAACAUGUAUCUUUACAUGUAUAUAUAAUAUUAUAUUGACGAAACAGUUUGGUUAUGAGGAAAACAAUUUUACUCAAUGGCAAGUUAUAUUGUAAUAGCAAAAGUCUGCAGCCAGAGCUAAUAGGCUUUUUAUCUGUUAUUGUUAUUUUAGAAACAAAGGUCAACUUUGCCUUUCAUCCUAAACGGGGUCGAUAAAUAAAGUACCAGUCGAGUACUGGGAUCCAAUAUAAUCAAGUAACUCUUUCUCCUUCCCUUAAAUUUGUGGCCUUGUGCCUACAUUGCUCUUUCUACUUCUAUUACAACAAACUCCAUCUAUGAAUGUGCUUGAGUUUCUGUGUGAUAUAAAAAUAGAUAACUUUAACGAUAGUAGUUAGAGGUUAUUCAAAUUACAGCCCUUCAUGAAAUCCAACAAAGUUUUGCACCAAAACCUGUUGAGCCUUGUCUGGUUUAGUAAAUUUGGCCAUUUCAUGUAAUGUCUAAUUUGUUGUAGAUUUUAUGAAAGCUCUCAAUGCUGUUUUAAUAGUCAUGCAAGAAGGUAGUCAUUGUUAAUAUUUACACUUACAUAAUUACCCACCAACAAUGUAUAAAUAUCUGUUGUUAGCUACCAUUAUAUAGUACAAGCGUGGCCAUGCGGUUAAGCAGUUCACUCUGCAGUUGCAUGGUCCUAGGUUCAAUUAUUGCACAGCACUUCGAGCAAGUGUCUUUAUCUAUGCUGUCAGGGUGACCAAUACCUUUUUGAAAGAAAUUUGGUCAAUGGGAACUGUGGAGUAUCCUGUUGUACAAAUCAAGUCCAGUUAAUCCUAUGGGAUAGAUUGAAUGCUGAAAGAAGGUAAAAGCACUUUACAUGGCUCCUGUAUGGAUGUUCCACAAGGUCACUAGAAAUCAAACAUGAUUUGACAGUCUUUCCUGUGCAUUAUUACCAUUGUUGAUACUAUUUUGUUUUGAAUAUAGACCAGACAUCAACAAUUGCUAUUGAUUCAUCAUUUAUGAACUGACAGAUGUUUUUUGUAUGAAAAUUUUCCAACAAAAUUAAAUGCCUCUAAAGUCUAGCUUAUUGAUUCCACCGUAGGUCCAUUUUUACAUUUGAUAUUUUAGAAUCAUUUUAAAUGUAACCCAAAUAAAAAUGAGAAAUCAAUUUGUACAACUACUAACCUAGAUUUUUUAGCUUCAGGAUCAGUGGUUCUCAACUUUUUAAAUACCCAGGCUAGAUCCAAAACCUGGAUUUUUUUAGGGGGCCCCCACCAAAAAAAAAAAAAGUUAGUCAAUUGUAGAAAAAUUUAUUAUAUUUAUAGAGGAAAGACUAUUGGGGGUGGUGGGAAGGGUGCUUCAGGGCCACAUGCAGCCCUGAGAGCUGCUGUUGAGAAUCACUGUUCUGGAUGUUUAUGAACAUAACUGAGUUAUAGAAAAUAUAUUAAAACUUUUACAGGGAAUUAUUUAACUCUGAAAGAUUAUUUUAUUUUAAAAUAUAAAUUGUGAGAAUUAUAAGAUAUGCAAAAAGAAAUUUAAAAAAUAAAACAAAAAAAGCACCAAAUGUUUGACAUGAACAAAGAAUUUAAAUUUAAAAAAUUUAAAAGUGAUUUUUUUUUUUUCCUUUAGUGAAGUAAAUAUAACUUCUUAAUGGUAAUUACAGCUUGGUAAUAAAAAGAAAUAGCACAAACUUUAUAUCUCAUUUUUAUAAAUGAAUGUAUACAUAUAUAUAUACACGCACACAAACACGUGUUUGAGUAAUCUUCAAGGUAUACAUUCAUAAGACAUCAUAGUUGUAUUUCAUCACCAUGGCAAAAAUUAUCACACUGGAUGAUAAGACCUAAAUGCCUGAGCUUAAAGUUGAUGUCCUACAAGGUGACACAUUGGAGCUCUUCAUCUUCUUUCUUUGUGGUUAUGAACUAUGAAGAACAGGGUUUCAUUAUACCAAAGUCUAGGAGGGUUGGGUCAGAGACACUGUCUGAUCUAGGUUUUGUCAACAACAUUGCUUUGCCAUCUGAUAAAAUUACAGAUGCUAAGGCUAAGGUUCUAUCAAUAAUAAAAUCUGGAUAUAAGAAAAGCUUCACCCCAAUGCCAAGAAAAGACAAUACAUGAUCUCCAGUAGCUGAUCACAAGCCACUGACAGCUGCUGGGAGUAUCUCACUCAAUUUCUGAUGCUAGAAAUCAGAAUCUAGCUUAUGUGUCGGGGCCUGGAAAGAGUCAUUCAAAGUGGAUAGAAACCUUGCAUGGAAACUGCUCACGAAUACAAAGAACAUUUGGAUUUCAACUUUUCCAAACAUCUUAAGAAGAGACUCUUCAUAGAAGUGAUUGAAACAACUCUCCUUUAUAGUUGUAAAACUUGAUCCUUCACUCAGGCAAUGAUAGCUUUGAUUGCAGAAAGUGAUUAAUGAGCAAGUCUAUGGUAAUUUCUCCCAGUUGACCAACAAGAAAGAAGGAAGCUAGCUGCUACCUGCUGUGUAUUGUUUGUGACACCCAAAGUUGCCCUCUUAAGCAGAGUCAUUGUCUGGGAACUACCCAUGGGAAGAUGAAUUGUGGGUGUCUUUCUAAAAAAAAGUCAAGUUUUGGUAAACUUUGGACAUUAAUAAUGAUGGGAUUUGUAGCACAUCCAUCAUUGCACCUAGUGUAACUUGUAGGCAUGUGUGUGUUGAGUGUUAUAGGGAUUCAAAAACUUUAAAAAAAAAAAAUCUAAAGAUAAGAAAAUUGGUGAGCUAGGGGUAGGGCUGAAAAUUUUUUUUUUUUUUUUGAAUACUGCCCAUUUUCUUGUUUAAGCUACAAAACAGCUCACUGGUUUUCUUAAAGAAUUUAUUUCAGCUAUCAGUGUCUAUGUAGUCAGACAUAAAACUCUAUUAAACACAGGUAACACACUGCUAUUUUAUAUCUGUCCUUCAAAAUGACUCCAAGUGGAGUGACAUCAUUCAAUUAUCAAACUAGAAAUAACAGAUGCACUUUGUAUUCCUUUGAUCAAACAAGUCAUAUUUUAUACCAACAUCUUUCAAAGAUUAUCAAACUUCAAUGAUUUUACUAUUUCGAUGUUUUAUAACAUUACAUAUACUGCCAUAAAACUCUGUUGAUACUGCUU